GGUCCACGAAGUGCCUCCCACCCAGCAGUUGGAGAAGUCGAGGAGUGGGAACUGGAAUUUUUAAAAACUAAAGUCGCGCGUCCACACAAGGUUUUUGACAACUCGUAACUAUCACGCAUGCUCGUUUAAACGCACGUAACCGGCAUGCCUCAGUUCAUCCUCCUGUCAGUCCUGCUGCUUGUCACCACAGCUGCUCAACAGCUGACCAGCCCAGAAGGAGAAGAAAAUGAAGUGCUACAAAGCACAGAGGCAGACCUCGUCAAGGACCAGAUUGAGAAUCUCAUCGGAAAUCUCAGUGGACCCAACACAAGGCACACACCUACUAUGGGUGCCACUUUUGUCACCCCUACCACUCUCAGUCAAGUUUCUACUGCAACUGUAAGCCUAACGUCCAAUACUGCUACGAGCCAAGCACCCACCUCCGUUGCCCCCCAGCUGUCAAGUCUUGCGCCUCAGUGUCCUGGUAACCUGGUAAUGCUGGAGGGGAGCUCGGCUUGUGGUUGCCCGUCUAACAUGCUGAAGAUCGGAGACAAUUGCACCUGCCCGCUUGGCUUUAGUCUUGUGGGGAGAGCAGGAUGUAAAGAUGUCGACGAAUGUCGAGAAGAAGCACCGUGCGGUCCUCACGCUAACUGCACCAACACACCCGGCUCGUAUUCAUGCCAAUGUCACCGUGGUUACCUGGCGGGCGCAGGAGGGUGCCAGGAUGUCGACGAGUGCGCUCUGGCCGCCAUCACGGGCCUGCGAGCUUGUAGUGGCAAUGUAGAGUGUGCCAACACACAGGGGUCCUUCAGCUGCUUCUGCCCGAUGGGAUAUGUCUUGAGUCCUAAUGGAGAUAACUGUGAUGAUGUGGAUGAGUGCACUACUGAGGAGUUGUGUCGCUUUCAGCUGGGAAAAGUCUGUGUGAACACAGCGGGGAGCUUUUUUUGCCAAUGCAGGCCUGGCUUCAGAACAGAAGCUACUUCAUGUGUGGAUCUAGACGAAUGCUCGGACAGUCCAGCGCUGUGCGAUGGACGGGGGGUGUGUGAGAACACAUUCGGCAGCUACAAGUGUGUGUGCCCAGCAGGUUACCGGGGAAACGGCACACACUGCGAAGAUAUGAAUGAGUGCGCUUUGGCCGCUCACGGCUGUGAUGUCAACGCUCGCUGUGGCAACAUCAUUGGCUCCUACUUCUGCCAGUGCUACCAGGGUUUCAAUGGAGAUGGGUAUUCUUGUUUUGACAUUGACGAGUGCGCUGUGAGCAAUGGACACUGUGAGCACAAUUGUACAAACGAACCAGGAGGCUACAGCUGCCAGUGUGCCUCUGGCUAUCAAUUGAAGCAAGAUGGACACGGAUGCACAGAUGUGAACGAGUGUUUGUCCCAGAAUGGAAGCUGUGCGCAUUUUUGCAUCAACAAUCUGGGAUCCUUCCAGUGCGUGUGCAGGCCUGGCUACCAGCUUCAUAUUGACGGCCACACCUGCGUGGACAUAGAUGAAUGUAAACUUCAGAACGGUGGUUGCUCGCACACAUGCUCGAAUUCUGAGGGAGGACACAGCUGCCACUGCCCGCCCCCAUUGCUGCUCAACACCGACAACCUCACCUGCAGCAAUGUUACAUCUUGUAAACUGAGAAAUGGUGGUUGCAACCACAAAUGCAUCACAAGGGCUGAGGGGCACAUUCAGUGUAGCUGCCGCUCUGGCUGGAAGCUGGGUGAGGACCAGAGAAGCUGCCUGGAUGUGGACGAGUGCGGAGAUUUUACCAAUGGGGGCUGUGAGCAGUUGUGCGAGAAUCACCCUGGCACCUUCAACUGUACAUGCAGGGAAGGAUAUCAAGUGCAAACUGAUGACCUCACCAAAUGUCGGCCUGUGUGUGACCCCCCUUGUCGGAACUACGGAAUUUGUAUGGCGCCAAACAGCUGCGAUUGUCCUCCGGGCUACCCUGGCCUUGGCUGCUCAGCCAUGUGCUCCCCACCGUGUGCGCAUGGGGGUACAUGUAUGCGCUGGAACAAAUGUUUAUGUCCUCCUGGCUGGAGUGGAGAAGGCUGCCACACAGCCAUGUGUGAGCUACCAUGCGCUAAUGGCGGUCGCUGUGUGGGUCCCGAUACCUGCCAAUGUCCUUCAGACUACACAGGUUCCCAGUGCCUUUUGCCCUUGUGCACGCCUGCCUGUCAAAAUGGUGGCCGUUGUGUGGACGUCAAUAAGUGCACAUGUGUUAGGGGAUGGCAAGGAGCUCGUUGCCAGAUAGAACCUGUUCAAUGUCAGAAGCCUUGUAAAAACGGCGGUGUAUGUGAAGGCCUCAAUAGGUGUCGCUGUGCCAAGGGAUUCACUGGAAGUUUCUGUGAAACAGCGGUGACCACUCCGUGUGUGCCUCCCUGCCGACACGGAGCUAUCUGUGGCCCUCAUAACACUUGCACCUGUCCUGAGGGUACUGCAGGCCUGCGCUGCGAGAGAUUGACAUGCCCUGUAGUCACUACUGUGGUCAGCAUGGCUCGAGCAGUGAGAAAAGCAUUUAAGGAGAGUUACGUUGACCGUUGUGGACCAUUCGGGAUUCAGCUUUGCACCAAAUACAGGAUGAACCAAGCACGCGUAUACCUCCAAGCCUACAGGGUGGGCUACAAAAUUCAGUGUCCAGAGAGAAAAGGUAGAUGAUGGACUUAACACAUUUUAGUGACUGCUGAAGCAGGAAACCACGAUGAAGUCUAGAAUUGGAUUAAAUGUUAAAAUAAGAAAAUGUUUUACUACUGUAAAAGCCAAAGUGACAUGUUUGUUUUUAUUUCACAUUGAGUUUGUAAUCUAUACAAUGGACUCUGAUAACAUUGUUUUUAUUAAAUGUUGGAUUAAAGGUUCUUUUUUUAUGAUUUUACAGCUGUGAAUUUAUGCGCUGCCCACACUAACUUGAAAUGCCAUAUCAGGUGCGCUGUACCACUUUUGUUUGCAGUCUUGCAGGAGAACAGAUGAUUACGACGAAAUGCAGUCAAGCUGGCCACUAGUUAAAAUGUUUGAAAAUGUUCCAGAGGCAGAAGAAAUUACCAUAUUUUUUUAUGUAGCCAAUAUACGUACUUUAAAAUGCAGAGCACUUGCCAUUUUAUAACAUAUGGACAUCUGGGCCGCACUUGCCGAAUGAAAGCUACGUGAGCAUGCAUAAUGUAGAAAGCUGCGAAUCCUCUGGAAUAUUUUGUGCAAUAUGCACAAUGUGAAGUUAACGCGUUAUGUUGUUUUACUUUUUAUGACUCCAAGUGGGCAAUUAAUAUAUCACUCGGCCUGAGUCUUUAUUUUUGUAGUACUUAUUCAAGCCACAC